AUGUCACCUCCCGUGUCACCAACAUCCGACACCCACAACACUCAUACACAAAUGGCCAUCCUUCGAUUAGUCGGUGCUACUGUCCUCGGUGGUGGCGCCUAUGCGACCUACAAGGCCACCUCGCUGUCCCAGCAGUACCCUCUCACACCUGCCAGCGACAUACAGAAUCGUCCCGGCAUCCUCGCCGUCAUUCCCGAGGGCAACGGCGCCUUUGAAGUCGUAUCCACGACCAUCCAAGCCCCACCCGCCCGCGCCCGCGCGGACCCCAUUGGCACCACCAUCGACGCCUUUUACGCGGGGUGGACCCUCCGGCUCGAGGCCUGGGCAUCUCGGAGGUACAACCUCGUCGGCCGCCGUCCCUCCAGUGCCGACAAGGACAUUACGCCGCCGCUCGCGUACGCUUCGGGCAUCUUCCAAGUAAUCCACCGCGAACCCGACAGCGUCACCGUCCUGUGGUCGGCGCCAGGAGCCAGCGAGGAGACGGCGGUCACGCACGCCAUGCCUGAGGGUGUGCAGGUUAUCGCCGCCCAGCUCAACGACAAUGGCGGACUGGACAUUUCGUACGCCUGCGCCCAGGACCUCCCACCGGGGAACAAGCUCGUCUACGCCGUCAUGAUGAAGUUUCACCACGUCUACAUGCGUUUCCUAUUGGACGAAACCAAGAAGCGUCUUGAACAGUGGGCAAGGGAGGGACAGUGA